GUAAAAGGCUUUAUAACACUGAUCUUCUCUGGAAAGCCUAUAGAGAUGUUAAAGAUAAGGGUGUAUCAGUUUAUAGGGCUGCACGUGUGUAUGGUGUACCAGAGAGCACAUUAAGAGACAGGACCCUUGGACUGCAGCCAGCUGUAGAAAGUAAAGUGGACGUACCAUGGUCAGGUGCAUCGACAGUGUUUACAAGGGAGCAAGAAAAGCAACUUGUAGAUCAUGUUUCAUACAUGACAGGGAUAGGAUAUGGGUACACCAGGCAUGACUUUCUAAAUUUAGCAACUGAUUUUGCUCUGUCCCUAGGUAUUAGAUCUGUUUCUGAUGCACAGUUAACACAUUCUUGGUUCACUGGAUUUAAGAACCGUAACCCUGAAGUCUGUCUAUCCAAACCUCAGAAACUGUCGUUAGUACGGGCACGAUGCACAUCAAAAGAAGUGCUUGAUAAGUACUUUGAGGAAUUAAAAAUUGUCAUGGACAAGUAUGAUCUGACAAAUCAACCAGAAUACAUAUGGAACGUAGAUGAAACCGGAUUAAUGAUGGAACACAAUCCACACCAUGUUGUUUGCAUUAAAGGGCAGACCCCACAGGCAGUUACUUCCAACAAGGGGAAGACUGUCACAGUUAUUGCAGCAGGUAGUGCUGCAGGAACAAGACUCCCUCCAUUUUUUGUAUUUCCUGGUAAGAGAUGGUGUGAUUCUCUUUUAGAGGGUGCUUCACCAGGAUCUGUUGGCACCAUGUCAGAGACCGGAUGGUCCAACUCAGCUGUCUUUCUUGAGUUCUUAAAUGAGCACUUUAAGAAACGUGUUCCUACUAAUGACCAUGCAGUUCUUGUGUUGUUCGAUGGACAUAAAUCACAUGUCAACCUCACUUUAUCUACCUGGGCUGCUGCGAACAAUGUUGUAUUCUUCGUCCUCCCUCCUCACACCUCUCACAUAACUCAGCCGUUGGACGUAGGGUGCUUUGGUCCCCUCAAGAAUGCUUAUUACAGUGAAUGUCAGACAUUCAUGCGAAGAAAUCCAGGAAUGCAAGUAACCAGGUACAACAUUGCUGAGCUGGCUGGCAAUGCUUAUAACAAGGGUGUCACAGCAGGUAACCUUAUCUCAUCAUUUAGGAAGACAGGUAUAUACCCACUUAAUAGGAUGGAAAUAAGCUGCCAGAAAACAGCCCCAGCAACAAUCUAUAAUGGCGGUGACAACAACGGUAUUAAUGCCUGUAAUAAUGAGAAUAGCAAGUUCCUUGAUUCAAAGAAAAUCACUGUUGUACAGUGUUACACCUAAAAGGAAAAUACCACCAACCAUUACUGGUGACAUUAGAUCUCCCUCCAAAAAAAUGUUACUGAAGCCUGCUCCAAGUGAAAAAAUCUCACAGAAGUCUGAACCCUAAAGCAAAAGGAAGUAUGAACCUAAAGGCAAAAGGUCUAAACCACUCUCACCAGUGCCAUGCACAUCUGGUGUCUACCAUAAUGUAGUCAGUAGUGACUCCGAGUCAGAAACGUCAGUUAUUGAUGAGCAAGAACUUUGCUGUGUUUGUCACAAGGCAAGACCAGAUGCACUUAACCUUGAUUAUAUCUUGGAAAUUGUUUUGUGGGCCCAGUGUGAUGUAUGUAAUCACUGGGCACACCUUAAGUUUUGCUCUAGUGUCCGUUGUGUCAGGAGGGGAGAUACCUUCCUCUGCCCUCAUUGCACAUAAAAACUGUCUGUAAUCAUAAUAUCAGGAGAAAGUUAAUUUGAUUGAGACUUUCAGUCAGUGUACAUGAAUAUGAAUUUUAACAGAAGUGUUGUUAUUGUUUGAAUUUAUUUAUUUUUGAUAUAUCAUAUUUUACAUUAAAUGGCCUACCUGUUACAUUUCAGGUUGAAAUAAAUACAGAAUUUAUUGUGUGUUUAUUAUUUGGUAUUAUGACCUAUUUUGGUCAGAAGUUUAGUCCAGUAGAAUCUGGUAGGUAUUAUUUUAUGUAUGCACCGGUGAAACGUGACAGAUCAAAACAAAAAUGGCGGAUACAGUGACUUUGUAAAAUAGGUCACUGCUUGCUUAGCUGAGAUGGUUGAUGAAAUAAAAUCAGCCUGUUAAAUGCAGAAAAGGUUAUUAUUUAAACAUUUACUAGUAGUAUAAAAAGUGAUUUAUUCGUUUUUCAAAUGCGGACAUUUUAAAUGCUAGUACACCGAUAAUGGGUUACAUCAGGAUAUAUAUAAUAUGCUUAAGACUUCAACUGUCAGAUGUAGAAUUUUGGACAGACGUAUUUUCGGAUAAGGCCUUGUUUCCAUACAUCUAACCUCCAGGUUUAAUUAUUUACCCCGUAAAUUUGUAACCAGGGUGUAGAUUUUACCCUUACUUAAUUUUUAAAAAUGAGUGGGAACACUGAAUAAUAAAGGAUGUUUGAAUAAUAAAUAUGAGCCGUGCCAUGAGAAAACCAACAUAGUGGGUUUGCGACCAGCAUGGAUCCAGACCAGCCUGCGCAUCCAUGCUGGCCGCUAAUGGUUUCUGUAAUAACAAUAGUCUUUGAAAGCGACCAGCAUGGAUUCUGACCAGACUGCGCAGAUGCGCAGGCUGUUCUGGAUCCAUGCUGGUCGCAAACCCACUAUGUUGGUUUUCUCAUGGCACGGCUCAAUUAUAAAAAUCUAUUAAGUCCAGGGUUCGAUUGAUGUAUGGUUAAAUGCAUUCUGACCACUGUACAGUGUUAUUGUAUAUGUUUGCUGGCUUUACGUUUCUAUCAUUUUUUCAGUAACAGUUUACUGUUAUGAAACACCACAAACUUUGAAUCACUUGCAGGUCCAUCUUACAAAGCUCAUUAG